GAGAACUAGCUGUACGAGAAUCGUCGCUCACACAUAUCGAUAGUGCAUCAGAUAUACUAGUCACCGAGCAUAGUCAACAUUCAUAAGGAUUAGGUGUUAAAUGCUCGGCCACUGGGACAUUUACCUUAUCUAAGAGUAAAAGAUUCAAACAUUUUCUUGAAGAUACGCGUGCGUCCGCUAUUUGUCUAUUGGCAAAAUCAGCGAAUUCGAAGCUUCCGAGAGACACUUCUUCGCGAGCGACAAGAUGUCCGCGUUUAGCUUCCGUGAGUGUUGGAAUGUACAAGCCUCCAACAUUGCACGGAGAACGCACAAUCCCAUAAGAUCGAUCGUGGAAAAUAUCGUCGUCGAGCCUAAUCCCAGUAAGCAGAUGAUCGCGUUAUCUAUUGGCGAUCCUACAACUUUCGGAAAUUUAAAGCCACCAAAGGAAGUGAUCGAGGCUGUUCAGGAGAGCGUUGCUUCGCAAUUAUACAAUGGAUAUGCACCGUCCACAGGUUACCAAAAGGCGCGAGAAGCCGUAGCUGAGUAUAGCUCUAACGAAUUCGUGAAAGUCGAUCCCAAGGACGUAAUACUGUGCAGUGGAUGUUCUUGCGCACUCGAUUUGUGUAUUACGGCAUUAGCUCGAGAAGGUCAAAACAUCCUAAUUCCACGGCCUGGUUUUUCUAUCUAUCGAACGCUGGCGGAGGGUCUCGGUAUUACGGUCAAAACAUACAAUUUGCGUCCUGAACUCGGUUGGGAGAUCGAUCUGGAUGACCUAAAGGAGCAAAUCGACGAAUCGACGGCGGCGAUUGUUGUAAACAAUCCGUCAAAUCCAUGCGGCUCCGUAUUCAGUCGUGACCAUAUACUUGACAUUCUCGACAUUGCUGCUCGUUACUACGUACCCAUUAUAGCCGAUGAGAUUUACGAGCACAUGGUAUUUCCAGGACGGACUUUUCACUCGUUAGCCUCUCUAUCGACCGAAGUUCCUAUUUUGUCAUGCAGCGGACUGACUAAAAGAUUUUUAGUUCCAGGCUGGCGUAUGGGUUGGAUAAUAAUCCACGAUCAUCAGAAUGUGCUAGAAGCAGAGAUUCGUAAAGGUUUACUUUGCUUGAGCCAGCGAAUAAUUGGCAGUAAUACUAUUGUUCAAGGCGCCUUGCCAACGAUACUCCGAAAAACGCCACAGAAGUUCUUCGACGAUGUCAUACGUAUUCUAUACUCACAUUCCAAAUUGGCAUACAACUGCAUAGUAAAGAUCCCGGGAUUGAAGCCGAUAAUGCCGGAUGGGGCGAUGUACAUGAUGGUCUACAUCGAUCUACCGUGCUUUCCGGAAUUUAAUUCCGAUCUGGAAUUCGUGCAGCGGCUGCUAAUGGAAGAAUCCGUGUUUUGCCUACCCGGCCAGUGUUUCGAUUAUCCUUCUUACAUGAGACUGGUAAUAACUGUACCAAACAACAUGCUCGAGGAAGCUUGUCAGAGAAUUCAAGAAUUCUGUGAAAGGCAUCAUUAUAAAACGGCGGAGAUGUUGAGGAGGAACAAUUUCGCCAAUGAGAUUCCGUAUUAAAAAACGAUAAUCAAAUAGACAAAAAUUAAAACUUUAACCCGCAUUAACUCGCUCAUUUUUUUCCGGUCAGAUCCCUGAAUUCUCCUAAAUUCAGAAAGAAUUAUUCAGUUUUAAUUUUGUGUAUAUGUAUAUCUUUGUUUUUAUGUUUUUACCUUUAAAUAUAUAAUUAUAAUCUAUUUUUUUGUGUCUACCAAACUUGCUUGUAAAUGUCUGUAAUUAUGUAAUAAAUAUUUGAUAAGAGUACUUAUAAUAAGUUUUUCAAUUAAUUCUAAAUAAAUGGCGAUAACAA